AUGUUGCCCCACCCUGCAGAUCACGCCCAGUUGACGAAGACGUUGAGCGAAGUCCAGACCCUGCUCAGCGAUAUAGAAGUGGGGCCGAACAUCGGCGCAGGCACCUUUGGGAAAGUCUAUAAAGGUCGAUGGAAGGGGACGAGUGUGGCGGUGAAGAUCAUCUCCCACCAGGGUGCUGGGUACAGAACAAACUCGCAGACCUCUCGGGAAGCCAUGAUAGGGAUGGCCAGUGCACAUCCCAAUGUGGUGGCUGUGUACCGUGUGGUGACAGAGGCGAACAAGGUGGUAGCACUGGAGGUUGUUGCUGUGGACGGCUACAAUUUCAAGACCUACAUCGUCAUGGAGUACUGCGAUAAGGGCACGCUGGAGCAGCACAGGGUGGAAGGGUGGGCGCUGAUGCGGGCAGACUAUCAGAGGGGGCUGGUGUGGGUGCUGCGGUGCCUGCUGGAGAUCGUGUAUGGCAUGGAGUACCUGCACUCGCUCUCCAUCGUGCAUGGGGAUCUCAAGUGUGCCAACGUGGCGGAUUUUGGGCUGAGCCAGACGGGCGUGACAGACGGGGUCUCGGCAAUCACGAGCAAGCCUGGCACAGCGGUGUUUGCCGCCCCGGAGCUGCUGCGAACAGGCAGCCUGGCGGCAGAGAGCGAUGUGUACUCCUUCGCUGUGGUGGCCUGGCACUUGAUCAGCAUGGGCAGCGGGUUGACAGACCUGGAAGACAUACAAGUUACAUACCAGGUGCUGGAGAAGGACUGGCGGCCGGACUUCCCAGAGGAGACUCCAGAGGCUUACAAGGACGUGGUCAGGAGGUGUUGGGCCACAGAGAGGAAGGAUCGGCCCAGCUUCAAGGAAGUCCGGGGGAGCCUCACAGACAUGCUCAAUGAGGAGGUUACCACACGGAGGGAGAGCCUGCGCUCGCAGCGCUCCAAGAGUGCCGAGGUGGUGGACUUGCGUCUGCUCCUGAAACAAAGCCAGCCGCCGCCGCGCAACUAUCCGCGCUCGGGAUGA